GUCUGUAGUGAAGUGGUGACACAUGUUGGGGAUGUCGCAAAAGCGUUGGUGUCGCAAACUGAGCAGUCGGAAACUCUGCUGCAGGUGAUCGACAAGUGCUGGGCCACGCACACGCACCACAUGGUAUGUUCAAUGGGCCACACUGCCAAAACUACUCUUAAGUAUCUGGACGCAUAG